AUGGACGGUGGUGCACCCUAUAAUCCUCGUUUGGUGGAAGAUGUAUUCAGAGAUUUCAAGGGCAGGCGUAAUGGCUUGAUCGAAGCUCUCACCACAGAGAAGGAUAACCUAUGCCUUAAAGGAUUUCCUAGUGGGCAGUGGGAAGUUAGUGUGCCGGCUGAAGAACUGCCUCCAGAGCUUCCAGAACCAGCUUUAGGUAUAAACUUUGCCCGAGAUGGAAUGCAAGAAAAGGACUGGUUGGCUCUUGUUGCUGGCCAAAGUGAUGCAUGGCUACUCUCUGUUACUUUCUACUUUGGUGUUAGAUUUGGUUUUGGGAAAGCUGACAGGAAGCGUCUAUUCAACAUGAUAAAUGAUCUCCCUACAAUCUUUGAAGUUGUAACUGGUGCUGCAAAGAAGCAUUUGAAGGAAAUAUCAUGUGUGUUCGAUGGCAGCAGUAAAUCCAAGUCGAAUUCAAAAUCGGGCAAAAUGGCCAAGGCAGAACGAGUGGAGGAGGGAGCAAAUGAAGAAGAUGAAGAUGAGGACGAGCAUGGUGACACUCUAUGUGGUGCAUGUGGCAAAAAUUACGGUACAGACGAGUUUUGGAUCUGUUGCGAUAUAUGCAAGAGGUGGUUCCAUGGCAAGUGCGUGAAGAUCACACCUGCACGGGCCGAGCACAUGAAGCAGUACAAAUGCCCCAGCUGCACUACCAACAAGAGAACCCCGUCCUUGACUGGUCAAAUGUUUGAUAGUCGUGGAUUAAUUAGCAUGUCUCAGUCUCUUAAUUAG